AUGCAUCACUCAUCUAUAUUCAUUUUGAGCUUCUUAGCCGCAACAACUACAGCUUCCCAAGCCAUCAGCCCCAACCCCCUACAAAAUCUUCUCAGACGCCAAGAUGAUGUUGAUGAGCCUGGAGAAGAUGGGACGUCUCUGAGGGACGACCUUGUCGUAUGUAUUGAGGGCAUGAACGGCGUCUUCGAAGCCGAUGCUCCCAAGCCCGCCCCGGCGUUAUCAGAGUGGAUGGAAGCCAACCCAUUCACCACCCCCUCGGAGUCGUCCGGCCCGGGCGGCGUGUGGUGCACCAUGACAUACCCCGCCAGUCUCUCCGAGCUUGUCACCCCUUACUACUCCAGCCACACAAGCUGGUGGUCCAGCAUCAGCAGCGCGCUCGGCGGCACAUUCACAUACGAGUGCAACGACGCCACGCUGACGGCCAACUUGAUCGGCGACGGGCAGUACGAAGGCUGUUCUGAUGGAUACGGUGUGCUCUUCACCGGACCGGGUAUCACAACGUUCGCCCCUCUGGACACGGUUCCCUCCACUACCCUCUCGGCUGCCAGCGCGACGCCUACUUCCGAGGCGCUGACGAGCGUGGUCUCUGAAAGCGAGACCGCGAGACCUACUACGGCAUCUACCACGUCGCCUUCUGAGGUGACGGCUGCCAAUGGGGCGAGCAGGCUAACAGGAGCUGUCGCUGCCGUGGUUGCUGCGAUAGGAGCUAUUGGAGCAUUGACGUUAUGA